AUGGCCACUCUACACAUCCUAACUUCGCGGUUGUUUGGCAAAGCCGUGCCUUCCGAGCUUCUCGGAAUGUCGGUAGCACUAGAGCCCGGACACCUGUAUACACGUCGUUUCUCCAGCCUUCUUGCGAUAAAAUCGACGCCGUCUGACAGGGUCACAACCAAGCAUGGAUCUGAUGCCACAUGUGAGGUUAGAAAGUUUGCUGAUAGCUCAUUCUUUCUGCAGGCUCGAUGCGGGGUGUGGCGCCGCUGCUUCAACACUGGCGAUGGCAAUUACAACAUUGACAGGAUACGCAACAUCGGCAUCAGCGCGCACAUAGAUUCGGGCAAGACGACGCUGACUGAACGCAUUCUGUUCUACUCGGGCCGUAUUGCUGCUAUUCACGAGGUCCGUGGGAACGACGGCGUGGGUGCCAAGAUGGAUUCCAUGGACCUUGAACGUGAACGCGGCAUCACGAUUCAAUCUGCCGUGACAAACUUUAGAUGGUCAGUAGAAGAGGCCGCAGGUGACAGUGCUGUCGACUACAUGGUCAAUAUUAUUGAUACCCCGGGACACGUCGACUUCACCAUAGAGGUAGAGAGAGCGUUGCGCGUACUGGACGGCGCGAUACUGCUCUGCUGCGCUGUGGCUGGGGUUCAAUCGCAAACACUGACGGUAAACAUGCAAAUGGACCGUUAUAAGAUUCCGAGGAUUGUCUUCCUCAACAAGAUGGAUCGUGACGGUGCGGACCCAGAGCGGGUCAUCGGCCUAAUCCGCCAAAAGCUGAACAUCGAUCUUCUGGAACUGCAGGUGCCGAUAGGACUUGCCAAUCGCUUCGAGGGCGUUGUUGACGUCAUCGAUGAGUGUGCGUACCACUUUGAAGGCCCCAAUGGCCAGCAUGUGGUUAAAAAGGAAGUGCCGGACGGAUACGCUGAGGUGCUCCGCUCGAAAAAGAUGGCACUGCUAGAGAAGCUUGCUGACCUGGACGAUGAGUUCGCGGGGGAGUAUCUCGACAACACGUAUACCACGCAAUCCAUGCGUGACGCUAUCCGACGGUGCUGCCUGUCUCACAAAGCGUACCCGCUUCUCAUGGGUUCUGCCAAGGGAAACAAAGGUGCUCAGUUGGCUCUCAAUGCAGUUUGCCACUACUUGCCCUCACCGGCCGAUAUAGAGCAGUGUGGUUACCUGAAUGACGAGAAGACGGACGCGCUUGACGGCAGCCACAAACAACCCUUGGUGGCCUACGCUUUCAAGAUCCAGGAUAGUCCCAUGGGGCAGCUGACAUUUUUGCGUAUCUACCAGGGAACAAUGCGUCGUGGCCAGCAAUUGUACCUGGUGGAGGAGGGCAAGAAGCAUUCCACAAAGAAGCUGUUCAAGAUGCACGCCAGCGAUACCGAGGAUGUCCCUGAGGCGUGCAGUGGUGAGAUCGUUGCAAUUUCCGGACUGAAGUGCAAUUCCGGUGUGACGUUCACAGACGGGCGGCUACAACUUACAAUGGCUCCCAUAUUCGUCCCCGAGCCGGUGGUGUCACUCGCCCUGAAGAAGGUGGACACCCGCGACAUGGCACGCCUGUCCAAGGCGCUCAACCGCUUCAAGCGCGAAGACCCAACGUUCAAAAUUACGGUAGAUGAAGAAAGCAAAGAAACGGUGCUCAGCGGGAUGGGUGAGCUCCACCUGGGAAUUUACGUCGAGCGCAUGAAACGAGAGUAUGGCCUGAGCGUUGAGACAGGUCCACCCAUCGUGAACUACCGCGAGACUGUGACGCGCCGAGUUGACUUCUCCUACACGCACAAACGGCAGUCGGGUGGCGCGGGCCAGUACGGUAAGAUCAUCGGGUACAUGGAACCGAUUGGUGAGGAGGCCAACCGCCACCUGCAUGUCGAGUUCGUGAACAAACUGGUGGGCAACGACAUACCGCCGAACUACGUGCCAUCCAUAGAGAACGGCUUCCGCGAGUGUUGCAAGAAGGGUUUGCUGUCUGGGCGCCAAGUUGUCAAUACACGUAUAGUAGUGACGGAUGGCCAAUCGCACGAGGUGGAUUCGUCGGACAUCGCAUUCAGGCUCGCUGCCAAAGGAGCGUUCGAAGAGAGCUAUUUGGAUUCGAGCCCAAUCAUUUUGGAACCUAUAAUGCAGGUUGAAGUAGUGACUCCGCACGAGUUCCAGGCGUCGGUGCUUUCGACGAUAACCAAGCGCAAGGGCCUAGUAACCGAUACGUCUGCCUAUGGCAGCAAUGUCAUCCUACAGGCGGAAGUUGCGUUAAGGAACAUGUUUGGUUACAUCACUGAUCUUCGCGCUGCCACAAAAGGCCAGGGCGAGUUCAGCAUGGAAUUCAAGCUCUACCAGCCAAUGAAUGCAGCGGAUCAGGAAGCGUGCUCCAAGGAAUAUCAAGAGAGUCUCAAGAAAUGA